AUGAAGGCAGCCUUAGAUCUCAGCCCCUGGGGAUGGAUAUCCUGCCUGUGCUUGGGCUUUAUGUCCUCCUGUCUUGCGGUUCCCAUUGUCGGAGGCAGGAUCGUGUCAACCGUGGGUAGCCCAAAUAAAUAUCCGUUCAUGGUCUCACUGCAGGACGUGAUUAGGGGAAAUGGCACGAGAGGAUCUUCGUUUCGGCAUUUCUGCGGCGGCAGUCUGAUCAGCGAUCGCUGGAUCCUGUCCGCAGCUCACUGUGUCUGGAGAAAGAACAUUCACAAUAUCGCAGCGUUUAUUGGCUAUGAGAAUAUCGAAAACAUCGACCACCUCGAGCCAUAUGGCCUGGAAAGCGCCGAGUAUAUUUACUUCCAACCAUCCAACUUUAGGAACGAUAUAGCUCUGUUGUAUAUGAAGCGACGCUACUGGAGUUAUCUCAGCAGGGAACUGCAAUUCGCCCAACUGCCUCCACAGGGAAUGCAACCAGAUAGGAAUGAAUCGUGUCGAAUUAUUGGCUAUGGGGCCACCCGGCAUGCUGGACCCUCACAGAAGCAACUUUUUGAGGCGGAAGUUCGGGUGAUUGGUAACCAAAAAUGCCGGGAUAUCAUAGGACAUAUAUGGGCCCCACGGAACGGAGCGAAUACGGCGUGUGCUCUGGGCAACAAUCAGGACUCUUGUCAGGGAGAUUCAGGAGGUCCGCUUAUCUGUCCAUAUGGUGGCAGGGACUACAUCUACGGCCUUGUGUCCCACGGCCUCACUUGCGGCAUCCAGGGCAUGCCCAGCAUCUAUACGGUGACCCGACCCUACUACGAUUGGGUACAGCUGCUCAUGCAGUCCUAGAUCUCUGAU